AUGGGCAGUUGGAGCAAGAAACCACUCGGCAAUCGUUGGUUGCGUCUCCUUUCCAUCGUGAGUCGCCUUCUGGGCGUAUCUCCAGCGAGUAGCAAGUAUCGCCAUGUGCACUUGGUGUGGUCUCUCAUGCUGCUCAGCUGGCUCUGGUUUGUGUGCACAACUCUUCUGAUAUCCAAGUCACAGAUGCAAGUGUUGGCCAUCGAGAAGUUGAUGUACCUCAUCGAAUAUCCCUCGAAUAUGAUCAUCACAGCCAUAUUUUCACUCUACGUCUAUCGCAGUGCGAGCUUCUUUGAGAACCAGACAAUGCAGCAAUUUAAACUGCAAAAGUUGCUCUUCGUCGAUGCUUCGACAUCACAGGAAUUCUACAAUCAACUGGGAAAUUAUGUGUUGAAACUUUUGCUGAUGGUCUUUGGCUUUCACGGCAUCUGUGUGACAAUUGACAUCCUUUGGCUCAACUUCAAUUGGCUCCUCACACUCUACAGCAACUGUGCCCACAAUCUCGUUGGUCUGAUGAUCAGUCUCAGUCUGUUACAAUAUGUUGUCGCCCUGCGUGGCAUCUGCCUGCUGUUGCAGCAGCUUAACUUACGGCUGGAGCAACUGCAGCCGAGUCGCAACAGCAUUUGCAUUCUGUCACCAUCCACUGCGGAGUUUGAACAUAAACUGGAGCAACUGCGUGGCAUUGUGGUUGCCUUGAACGACAUGCAUUCACAGCUCCUGGAUAGAUUUGGAGUCGUCUUUUUGGUGAGCUUUGUCAAUUCGCUUCUGAGCUUCUGCUACGAACUGUUCAAUACGUUCCGCCUAGUGGAGCAGGCUCAGUGGGAGGAAUGGGUGCUGUUUGUCUAUCGUCUGCUCUGGCUGCUGAUGCAUGGAACUCGCAUCUGGUGUGUCCUCAUUGGAAAUACUCGCAUUGCGGAGCAGAAGUGUCAGCUGUGCCUGCUGCUCAAUAAGUUUCACUUGCAGGACACGCAACAGGAGCGCGCUGUUAAUCACUUUCUGCUGCAGCUGCAGACACACGAUGCUUGCCCCUCAACAGUGUGCGGAGUGGUCGACUUGGACACCCUCGCAGUGGGCGGGUUUAUCAGCGCUUUGUCGGCCAUUGUUAUUUUCCUAAUACAAAUCGAUCUGGGCAAUAAAUCACUAAUGGGUUAUUCCUUUUAA